AUGAGGCGUAUUGCGGCUGAUAUCGCUGACAUAUGUGCUGAUACAUCCGGAAUUAUUUACAUGCCUAAUAGUAACGGAGCUGCUUGUAAGGAGCUGACAAGCAUGACAAAUAACCAGAAGAGGUGGCAUAUUGAGCUUGUUUACUCUGUGAGCACUGCCAAUAGCAGCUGGCGUCAACGCGCCUCUUUACACGGCCUGCUGGCGCCAAUGCGUCGCUUUUUUCUUAAUCAAAACCUCCCACGUGGUACUCACCAUUAUACUCGGUCCACUCCUUCACAUGUUUAUUUCUCUAAUUUUAUCGAUAUAUUUUCCUCUCUAUUCGUUCAUCUCUACGCGUGCCGUCGACUAAGUUACCUCCUGCGCACGGGCGGGAGAACGUUCAUCUCCCGUGCUUCGUUUGGGAAAAAGUUCACCCUCUCCCCCGCGCUUCCUUUGGGAGUACGUUCACCACCACCCGCGCUUCCUUUGGGAGAAAGUUCACCCCCCCCCCACCUACGCUUCGUGCGGCAGAAGGUUCACCCGCCUGCGCUUCGUGCGGCAGAAGGUUCACCCGCCUGCGCUUCGUGCGGCAGAAGGUUCACCCGCCUGCGCGAGAACGUUCACCCACCUGCGCUGAUGUGGGAGAAAGUUCACCUGUGCGAGCGUGCCGGCGACUAA